GACAGCUCGUUGAAAAUUGAGUCGAAACCCUGGUGAGGGUGCAUGGCCCUUUAAAUCUCUUAAAAUUGCUCAAAUUAAGCAUUCCGCAUUGUCAGUUAUUUUACCGUGGUUAUUGUGUGUGGAUUUUGAAGGCGGCUGAGUGACAGACCAAUUGUUUCAGCCCUCUCCGUGUAAAAGCCUGUCUGAAGGGCUUUGGUCUGUGUCGCAAGUCCCAGCUGGUCAUUUCCUGCGUGGGUGUGGGUCACAGCCCAGUUGUGUCACACAGGGGCCAUGAGUGAACUGGAACAGCUUCGGCAGGAAGCUUCGCAGCUUCGCAGUCAAAUCCAGGAUGCCAGAAAGGCUUGUAGUGACUCCACCCUUUCACAGAUCACAGCUGGUCUGGAGUCAGCAGGAAGGAUACAGAUGAGGACCAGACGCACACUUAGAGGCCAUCUAGCCAAAAUCUACGCCAUGCACUGGGGCAGCGACUCAAGGUUACUUGUCAGUGCUUCCCAAGAUGGUAAAUUAAUCAUAUGGGACAGCUACACAACAAACAAGGUUCAUGCCAUCCCGCUGCGCUCCUCCUGGGUCAUGACCUGCGCCUACGCUCCCUCAGGCAACUACGUAGCCUGCGGAGGCCUGGACAACAUCUGCUCCAUCUACAGCUUGAAGACCCGCGAGGGCAACGUCCGUGUCACCAGAGAACUGCCCGGACACACAGGGUAUUUGUCCUGCUGUCGCUUUCUCAGUGACAACCAGAUUGUCACCAGCUCUGGAGACACCACAUGCUCACUGUGGGACAUCGAGACGGGCCAGCAGGCCGUUACAUUCACAGGCCACACGGGCGACGUGAUGAGCCUGUCACUCAGCCCAGACUUCAAGACCUUUGUGUCGGGUGCCUGUGACGCUUCCUCCAAGCUAUGGGACAUCCGUGACGGCAUGUGCAGACAGACCUUCCUAGGCCACGUCUCUGACAUCAACGCCGUCUGCUUUUUCCCCAAUGGGAAGGCCUUCGCCACUGGCUCGGACGACGCCACCUGCAGGCUGUUUGACCUGCGCGCUGACCAGGAGCUCAUGAUGUACUCCCACGACAACAUCAUCUGCGGCAUCACCUCCGUGGCCUUCUCCAAGAGUGGCCGCCUCCUGUUGGCCGGCUACGAUGACUUCAACUGCAACGUCUGGGACACGUUGAAGGGCGAGCGCGCAGGUGUCCUGGCUGGUCACGACAACAGGGUCAGCUGCUUGGGCGUGACCGACGAUGGUAUGGCUGUGGCCACGGGCUCAUGGGACAGUUUUCUCAGAAUCUGGAACUGAGCGCUCGGUGCUGGACCCCACGGAGGGACUGACCGUCUGCCUCCCCACUACAGUUCUCGGUUGUGAGAAUGCUGCUCUUUUUCUACCUUUCCACAUCGCACCUUUUGUAUUCAUAUAUUACAACACAUUCCUGUGAAGAGGCCAAGCUGACUUAAGAGAGGUCAGACAGUAGGUUAUUGAGAAUACACAGAAGCAUCAUUGUGUUAUAUACAUUCUGUACAUAUAUAUGUAUAUGAAUAUAAAUAUGGUAUAUAUGUACAGCAAAUUGUGUGUAUAUGCCAUAUAUAUAUGUGCUUACACAAUGGUAAUGUAUAUAUUUUUGUAGCUAAUUCCAACCCAUUAGCUAGUUUUCAGAUGUUUCAUUUAUAUUCUAUUUGAAGUCCAUAUGAUGGUAUAAAGCAGGACGUUCUCAUGAACUGGACAAAUGCAUAAAACAUGUCCACAUACACAUACAUAAAAUAGGCUUAGAAUAAUGAUUUGUGUUUUGUUUUUCACUUGGUUAUCAAAGCACUCUCCAUUAGUGCCUGCAUUCACUUGGGAAUUUUAAAUGGAAUAAUAGUAAGGAUCAAUUUCUGAACUAUCAGUAAGAAGGAAAUGGCAUGGCUACUCUCUGUAAAGACGUUCUGGGUCUUGUGGACUGCACAUAUCAGCUAAUUAAGUAGGAAAGUCUACAAAAUGUUUUUGUUGUUAUGGUGGGAGAUAUUUUUGGAUAAACUGGCAUGUACUAAUAUAUUGCUUACCAUAUAUGUUAUGGUAAGCAGUAUAGUGAUACCACACAGUUUUACACUGAUGUAACAGGGAUCACCCAAAGAACAGCAAGGUGCUCUGGGAUUCUGUUGCCAUCCACAACCCUGUCAGCGCUGUGAAUGGGCCAAAAAUUAGGCCAAUGUUGCUUUUCUUUGACAAAACCAUUCAGACGUUUCUAAACAUCUGCAGCAGUGCCACUAAGAGUAUUUGGAGAAUCUUUUUAGUUCACUGCCACUCAUACACCCAAUAGAAACAGUAUUGUCAUUCAUAGAAACAACUGUAGGUAACGGAGUUGACCUAUGAUUUUACUGAGAUAGAUAAAAAAAAAUACAAAUAAAAAUAUAGAUAGAUAGAUAGAUAGAUAGAUAGAUAGAUAGAUUUGUGUGACCAAAAAGGUCGAGUUCACAACAGGGUUGGUUGUUUUAGUUGUCAAACUCUACGUCUACCACAGUAAAUUAACAACACUAUAAAUACACUGGUCAGACGGCUGCACCUUACUCCAGGAUUCAGAUCAUCAUUGUUUUAUCAGGGUAUAACAGCAGCAACCAAGGGAACUAUAAAAUUCAGUUUUAAUGUGAAUGGUUUUCCACGUUACACAUGCCUAGCAGUACAAUACGACUGGACUCUCCCGAAAUGGCUUAAUGGAACUAGGGUCAGUCAAAAAUGGCCAUUUUGUAUAAGAAACCAGGCAUUCAGUUUAAUCAUAUUUACAUCAAUCAUAAUGUUCAUGGUCAAAACAUCUAACCUGUCUGCACUGACCGCAUUUGAGGGCUUUUCUCAAUCAUUUAUUCACCUAACAAGUGAGUGUCCCGGGACAGACUGGGCUAGGAUGCACGUCAUGUGCAUUUAGCCAACACUGCUCCUUAAGUAUUUGGUGUAUCACAACAGUGUUUAAGUGAAGAUCUGACAGCAUCCAUAGUUGAGAUGCUCAAGUGUUUGCCUGCCCCGACCUGUGAAGCUGGGAGUGGCCACCAGGAAUGGGGCUAAUUUUCCCAGAGACAUUAACACACCACAGUGAAAUUGUGCUGAGCAGAAAUAAGUAUUAGCAAAUUUUUAUUUUACAUUUUUUUGUCAGCCAGUAACACCAGGGCUUUAAUUCCUUGACACCUUUUGUAGUGCCAUGUUGUGAACUAAUCAUUUGUUAAGAAAUGAUUUUUAUAGUCUUGCCGGUUUUUGGUAUAUGUACAGUGGCUUAGUGGUGAUGGUAUGUUGCCAUAAGUUGAUAUUGUAUUCAAUAAUAAAAAAAAGCUUUUAACAAAA